AUGCGAAUCCAUCGUCGUCAUUGCGCAAUAGAUGUUGAGGGAGGAGGGAUAAUGUCCGGAACUCCAGUGACGUUUACGCCGACGCCGCCACUCCUCCCGCAUCCUCCGAAGGGAUGUGUGCUACUGCGAGAAAAUGUUUAUGAGGCGGGACGCCCUCACGACGUAGACGAGGUUCGUGUGCGACGGAAGCCGACGAUGUCGCGCCAGAAAAACCAACUUGUCGAUCCACCGGCCGGUGCGAGUAAAAAGUACACUUUGGUUUUGGAUCUGGAUGAAACGGUGGUGUAUGCACGCAAUGGCCCUUUGUAUGCUCGAGCAUACUUGCGGGAUUUGCUCCGAUCCAUAAAGGACGAGUUUGAGGUUAUUGUCUGGACAGCGGGGGAACGGGAGUACGCCAAGAACAUAUUAGAGGAGAUCAACCAGGACCACAUCAUUCAGCACUUAAUCUACCGCCACAAGACCUGGUUUUCCAGUGAAGACUACACCAAAGACCUGAAAAAAUUGGGUCGAAACAUCGAUUACGUUAUCAUCGUGGAGAAUACCCCGGACUGCGUUCGCGCGAAUCCACAAAAUGGCAUUAUUGUGGAGGAUUUCGAGGUGCCAUCCACACCACCGGUAACCUCGCAGGAGAAAGAAGCGACCACACAGGCGGUGGAAGGAACACCCCCUGCAUCGCCGUCCACCUCGACGCCCCCUCCAUCCCCUUUGCUUACCCCCACCCCAUCCAUAUCGCCAACGAAGCCGAAGCGACAAUUCACGGAUCGCACACUUCUCUUGCUUCAGGAAGUGCUUUUGGCGCUGGCAGAAAGCGGUGAAACGGUUCCCGGAUUUCUUGCCAAAUGCCCAUUGCUGACGCAGCACGAGGUACUGGGAUCAAACGGGCAAAGUAUACCCACGUAUUAUCUUGGAAAGCGACGCAAACGUGGAGCACCUCCGACGUUACCUCCGCAAAAACGCGUCGUUCGUGACAAUUUAUUUCUCGAUGGCGCUGCGGAAAAGGAGGGGACACGCAAUCGUCGAAUCCGAUUAGAGAAAGGCGCCCUCGAGGACAAGGCUUAG